AUGGGUAGCGCUUGCCAAGCUGGCACGGACGGGCCUUCCCGCAAGGAUGUGUUGGGGAUAGGGAAUGUCGCCUUAGAGAAUGGCCACCAUGAGGCUGAAGCUGAUGCAGAUGAAUGGAGGGAAAAGGAAGAGGACUUGGCCAAUGGGCACAGUGCGCCACCGGGCAUGCAGCAGGUGGAUGAGCAGAAGGAGCAACAAGGACAAAGCAUUCACUGGGAGAGAUUCCUACCUGUGAAGACACUGAGAGUCUUGCUGGUGGAGAAUGAUGACUCUACUCGUCAGGUGGUCAGUGCCCUGCUCCGUAAGUGCUGCUAUGAAGUUAUUCCUGCUGAAAAUGGUUCACAUGCAUGGCGAUAUCUUGAAGAUCUACAGAACAACAUUGACCUUGUAUUGACUGAGGUUUUCAUGCCUUGUCUAUCUGGCAUCGGUCUGCUUAGCAAAAUCACAAGUCACAAAAUUUGCAAGGACAUUCCUGUUAUUAUGAUGUCUUCAAAUGACUCUAUGAGUAUGGUGUUUAAGUGUUUGUCGAAGGGAGCGGUUGACUUCUUGGUAAAGCCAUUACGUAAGAAUGAGCUUAAGAACCUUUGGCAGCACGUUUGGAGGCGAUGCCACAGUUCCAGUGGCAGUGGAAGUGAAAGUGGCAUCCAGACACAGAAGUGUGCCAAACCAAAUACUGGUGACGAGUAUGAGAACGACAGUGACAGCAAUCAUGAUGAUGAAGAAAAUGAUGACGUCGACGAUGACGACUUUAGUGUUGGACUCAAUGCUAGGGAUGGAAGUGAUAAUGGCAGUGGUACUCAAAGCUCAUGGACAAAGCGUGCUGUGGAGAUUGACAGUCCACAACCUAUGUCUCCUGAUCAACUAGCAGAUCCACCUGAUAGUACAUGUGCACAAGUAAUUCACCCCAAAUCAGAGAUAUGCAGUAACAAGUGGCUACCGACAGCAAACAAAAGGAAUGGCAAGAAACAUAAGGAGAAUAAAGAUGAAUCUAUGGGAAGAUACUUAGAAAUAGGUGCUCCUAGGAACUCAAGUGCAGAAUAUCAAUCAUCUCUCAAUGACGUAUCUGUUAAUCCAACAGAAAAACGACAUGAGACUCACAUGCCCCAAUGCAAAUCCAAAAAGAAAAUGAUGGCAGAAGAUGAUUGUACAGACAUACCUAGUGAAACAAAUACUGAAACUGCUGAUUUGAUUAGCUCAAUAGCCAGAAACACAGAAGGCCAACAAGCAGUACGGGCCGUUGAUGCACCUGAUGGCCCUUCCAAGAUGCCCGAUGGAAAUGAUAAGAAUCAUGAUUCUUAUAUCGAGAUGAAGUCAAAUUCAGAUGCUGCUCCAAUAAAGCAGGGCUCCAAUGGCAGUAGCAACAACGAUGUGGGCUCCAGUACAAAGAAUGUUGUUGCAAAGCCUUCAGCUAACAGGGAGAGAGUAACGUCACCAUCAGCCAUCAAAUCUACCCAGCAUGCCUCAGCAUUUCAUACUAUACAGAAUCAAACAGCACCAGCUAAUCUGGUUGGGAAAGACAAAGCUGAUGAAGGAAUUUCCAAUGCAGUGAAAAUGAGCCACCCAACAGAGAAACAGCCAUCAAUCGACCGUGGAUCAUCAGAUGUUCAGUGUGGUUCGUCAAAUGUGUUUGAUCCUCCUGUUGAAGGACAUGCUGCAAACUACAGUGUGAAUGGGGGUGUCUCAGUUGGUCAUAAUGGGAAGAAUGGAACGAGCGCUGUCCCCAAUAUUGCAAGACCAAACAUAGAGAGUGUUAAUGGUACCAUGAGCCAAAAUAUCGCUGGAGGUGGCAUUGUAAGUGGGAGUGGGAGUGGCAAUGAUGUGUAUCAGAAUCGGUUCCCCCAACGAGAAGCUGCAUUGAACAAAUUCAGACUGAAGCGGAAAGAUCGGAACUUCGGUAAAAAGGUUCGCUACCAAAGCAGGAAGAGGCUUGCUGAGCAGCGGCCACGGGUCCGUGGACAGUUUGUGCGACAAUCUGGUCAAGAAGAUCAAGCAGCGUAA